GAGUGAGCGAUAGUGGAGUGUAGUACCCAACUCAGCGCUACAUGUACCAAUUUCGCCUCUCACAUCAUAGGCCAUUCAUAGUUAUCGUUGCCAGUACGUCUCACUUUCUUAGCUCAUCCUCGUUCCUGGCCAAACACUACCCUGAAAGUGGAUCAAAGUUCGGGGCUUCCUUGCAGUCCAAACGCAGCAUCGAUCCAAUCGAUCCAAUUGUCACCCUAUGGCCGACUGACAAAGAACUUCCGCAACCACAGGAAUGCAAGUAUAAUAUGCGAUGCAUCAUGACCUUGUCGAAAAAAUACACCCUGAAGGGCUGAUCGUGCGAGUGGCCUAGUUUUGCC